GACCUCCUCGUCUUUACGGGGCGGCCCCGCCGCCAUCUUGGGGGGAGCUGCGCGUGCGCGGAGCGGCGCGUGCGCGGUGUAGCGUGGGAGCAGGAGCCAUGGGGCCGGGGCAGAACAGCAUUGUGCGGGUUGAAUGGAUUGCUGCAGUCUCCUUAGCUGCUGGAGCAGCUGCUGUUGGGUAUCUAGCUUACAAAAAAUUUCUCUCUAAAGACAAAUGCUGCAAAGCAAUGGUGAAUCCCCAUAUCCAGAAGGAUAACCCCAAGGUAGUCCAUGCAUUUGAUAUGGAAGAUCUGGGAGACAAGGCUGUGUACUGUCGCUGUUGGAGGUCGAAGAAGUUCCCACUUUGUGAUGGCUCUCACACAAAGCACAACGAGGAAACUGGCGACAACGUUGGGCCUCUGAUCAUCAAGAGGAAGGAGGCGUAGAGUGGACAGUAGAAGCUACAAAAUGAAUGUCUGACAAAUCCUCUGCUCACUUGUAAUUGGGGGAAAAACCCCCCACAAAUCCUUUGUCGUGUCACUGAAGACUUCCCAAUGUAGUAUAUACAUUAGGCUUCAGCAUGUGUAUUUUCUCUGGUGCUUGUUGUCCUUCAAUCACUACAAUGCAUAAUUUACUAAAUAGUCAUGGUUUAAAUUUUUGGUCCUGUAAAGUGUGUGUACCCCUCUCACUGAGUAUGAAACUAAAAUGACGCACAGAAUGUACUUCAUUGGGAAAUGGGUAUUAAAUUAUUUUCAAAUAAAUACAUGUAUAUCGAAAGGUAGAUCCUAAAAUCUUGGAGAGGUUCUAAAGUCACAGAGCUGGGUAGAUUUCCAUGUAAAAGGCAGUGGCAGGGAAGAAAUCAUGGUCUCAAAAUGCAGCUUAAUCUCUGAUUAUGCUGCAUUUUCUGCAGGUGUCAUGUUUGGCCUGUUACACUGCUGUGCUGUGUGGCUUCCGUAGAAGAAUGAAUUCAAAAUUGCUAGCUAUGAACAGGCAACAGAAAAGGCUGAUAGUGAGAUUGGGUUAGAGGGCAACUUUACCUUUGAUUUUACAGCAGUAUUGAAACUUGACCCUACUUCCAUAUGGUAUCAAGAACAUAUUAUCCAAACCUGUAUUUAGAAUAGGAUUAGGAAAAUGGUCUCUGCGAGAGCUUUCUUAAUAGACUAGGGAAUGACACAAAGUGCACUAAGGGGGGUGGACAGGGGGUGGCAGGGUUGUCUUUGCUGCCAGAAAACCUUAGUUUCACCUGCAGUCUCAGAGUGAAGCCAACUUCCCCAGACCACAGGACACUUCUGUGGGGAGGCUAUGCCAAUUGAUUCCAGAAUCUAAAAAAAAAAACUAAAACCCCACGUAUCAUCACAGUCUGCUUCACCAUGGGUCUGGCCAUGGUGAAGCUCUCCAGAGCUGGAGAGCUCUUCCCGCUGUGGAGGGAGGAGGCAUACCUUUCUUACUAUGUGGCCUUAGGCUCUAUGUGUCUUAAAUAACUCCUGCCUCCCUGGGCUGUCAAUGUGGUUUAGCUGAUUUUGCCAAAAAAACCUGGCAUGGACAAGGAAAGGCUUUGGGAACAGAUGGAAACAGAAAAGGAAGGAAGGAAAAGACAGAGCUCUUACCCUCCUUUCCUAUGGCACUUGUCUACUUGUCUGGCAUGGUUGCAUUAAUGGCUGUCAUGUUGGUUUCCUUAAAUUAAAUAGCUUUGAUUUAUUAACAUGAAAAUGACUACAAAGCAAAACCCAAAGAGUGGGGUGGCAGAAUGCAGUUUUUUAAUAAACCCAGUCUGUUUAACUGCGGCCUUUGCAAGAUUAAGCACUUGAUGUCCUGGGACAGAAACUACCUCAGGGCUGGAUGAAAGGCCUUGCUAAGAAGCUGACAUUUUAACCUGCACCCUUAAGGGUUCUUCAGAUGAUUGGAGCAGUAAAGGUUUUUGGUUUUUUUUUAAGGGUUGUUGGUAUGACUGGUUAAUACUGAGGAUGAUGUUUUGCAUAUUCUCGAUGUGAAGCUUUCAGAGGCUGAGGUCUUGGCCAACUGGUCUGAACUUGGGCAGAAGGCUCAAAAAGUAGAAAAGGCAGCAUAGGUAGAGAAAGGAUUUGUAGGGGGAGUAUUGUAGUAGGGGCACCUCUACUUGAAGUUGCAGUCAAAUAUGUUAGUUUGUCUUUUCUGCCUGUCUUGAAUGUAAAGGUACUGGAUAUUUUUUUUACUUGGCCAAGUACCAAUGCAUAUGGAGAGUUGUUUUAACCUUAAAUUAUUGAAUACCUUGCUUUUAUCCAAAGCAAAGUAACUUCUGUAUUAUUAUGACACUGAAUAUUUCUGUAUUUUUGUCAAAUACACAUUUGAGCUCAUCUUAAUCUCGAGGCUGUAAUGUCUGUGUUCUCAUGGGUGUCCAUUCUUUCAAUGGAGUUACACUGUGAGUAGUGCUGUACACCAGUGCUGCUGUAGUCAUAAACCCAUGUCUGGGGUGGGUUUUCCUUUUGAGGCUCCUUUUUCUGUCAGCAGCAAAGCCUGGCUGCAUCCGAAGGAAUAGAAGUUCACUGAAAACUGCAUUAAUGGUCUGAGAGAUGAAGUCUUGUAGUUUCAGAUGAGUCUCCCGAGUCAAAACUAUUUCCUGGAGUUUGGGCAUCAAGGAAGUGGGCCCCGUGGGAAGUUUUUAUUCCUGGGAAGCAAAGCUGUAGAAGCUGAGUCUGUGUUGACUUACACCCUGGUGACUUUUGUUUUGGGUGUCAUAUUUUUGAAUGUUUAUUUGAAGUGGUCAGAUCUUAUUUUGAGGUAUGUACAAUUUCCUGUACUGUACCUAAAAGUUCUCAUUAUGUAUGUGAGUUGUGUGAACAUGAUAAUGAGAAGAGAUACUUGGAUUUGAGUAAACAAACUUGCCAGCAGUCUCGAUGAGCAUCACAGAGCACACUUCAUUUUUUCCCUUAGUACCAUAAUAGGGUACCAUGUUCUGAUGGGCUGAGUGCUUGCCUGUUCCGGUGUUUUCUGAAAUCUCUUUAGUGCUUUCCUCACAUAAUCUCUGGAGUAUGAACUGAGUUGGUUACAUUUCUACAAAGUUUUAACCAUUUAAAAAAUUCUGCACAUGUGCAAUUUUGACCUUACAUUGAAACUCCUAUUGGAAAUGUGGUACAAAUCCUCUUGAAAACAGUGAAGAAUUCCUCCCCCAGAGUAAAACUUUCUGUUCCUCAACAUGUAAGUGGUUCUUGGGAAGGUGAACAAAUUAAAAUAUCGAUUCUUGAGUAACUGAGUGUGACUCAUCAGUCUAAAUGUCAAAUAUUUGAGUGCUUCUAGAGUCAGCAUCCUUAAAGAGGAGAGGCUGAGCAUUGUUAACCUGAAGGCUAAUGAUGUGGUGGAGGCCAGCACUGCAGUCACAUGCUGCUCUGCUGGGAGGAAAGAGACACUGUGCAGUGGGGCCUCCAUGAGGGCAGUGCUGGUUUAGGAGCUUUCUCUGCAGCCAUAUAUUUAGGGGGUUUCAGCAGCAGUGCUGGCUGGCUGAGUCCAGGCAUCUAGAAGUGCUGCAUAAGUGUGUCAGGGACUGAGCAGCUUUUCAUGCACAGAGACUCGUGCACUUUGAGUCCAGGCGUUGUAUCGCCAGUUCCCCAACAGCUGGCUUCAGAGCUGACUGCAGGCCUUGCUAAAGUCGCCAUACUGUUGCAGUUGUGGCGCUGCUGGGGUCUGUAAAGACUUUGUGCAGUUGUGCAGCAGUUAGACUGGGAUUUUCCUUUCAGUGCAACGCUGCUAAAGACAUGGAAACAUGAGGUCAGUGUUGUAUGACAGUUGCUCAGUCCAACAAAUUGAAAAAUAUUGUAUAAUAGCAGGAAGGAUAAGAACAUAGGCAUGAAACUAAACACUGGUGUUGCAAAGAAACUUUGUCAGCUGGCUUUUGUUUCAAGUCCUGAAGCUUCGAGGCUGACAAAACCCACCCUGAGCCCUGGCUGGAUUAGACAGAGGAGCACAGUCUCCCAACUACAUGUGGGCAGAGAGGGGAUGUCCAACACCACUGCCAGCAGGCUGAGUUUAUUGGUGAUCAACAGCUCUAUUUCAUGCAGACCUACUGAAAAGACUAAAUGCCUUUUCCUUGUUGCUGACACACAUUCAGCCCAGCAGGGUUAGAUACCUGUUCCCUUAAUUGCUUUGUGCACCCAGACUUGCCUGCUCCAGUUUUCCUGCAUGGAUGAGCAGCUUCUCUGCACUGUCAGGUGAAUAAUCAUUUUCCUAGAGCCAUGAUUAAUUUAGGAUGGGUACCAGGGGCUUCUGUUUGAAGCUCUCAACUGCUUGUUUUCUGUAGCUGCGCUGCCAGCAGUGUGUGGUGGGUUUCUAGGUACGAUGAUUUCCAAGCUGCCUAAUGCUGAGACUAAUGCAGAGAUCAGCUGAAUAAACACUAAUAAACAUAUAAAUAAAGAAAGAAGAAGAGGAAAAAUGAGAAAAAAAAAAAGGUGGCAGAUGGGAGGAGAGCAUAAGCUAGAAGAUUUAUCAUGUAACAGCACUAUGUGGUAGCAAAAAGGGCUAAAUCAAGUAACAAAAUGGUGUGUUGUAUUUCAUUAUACACCUUACCAGAGCCAAGUAUAAGAUGUACAAAGUGUCUAUUCAUUAGUGUCUGGGACUAGGCAGUUCUAUUAGCCAAAACUCUUGCUCCUCAGAGUUGAAGGUGUUACGUGCUCCAGCAAACAUCUGUGGUUUUUCUUUCUGAAUUGUUUGUGGAAUCCCACAGUACUGGACAGAAAGCAACACACACUUGUGCCAUGAGUCCUGCUAAUGGUCUAAUGUUCCUCCACACCCCCCUUUGUAAACUGUUUAAUUAGAUAUGCAAUUAGAAUAAAUAGAAGGGAGUAUUUAACAGUAUGGUCACAGAAGUCAGUAAAAUCACAGUAGGUUUACAUGACUGUCGCAAAGCAGGAUGCAGUCCACCUUUCCCAUGUACUGUUUGGACUGGUAAGAAAGGAUUUAUCAGGCUUCUCAAGCAACGUCUGUUUCCUUUGAUACACAGAAGCUGAAGGUCUCACAUAAGCACAUAGAGAUCAUGUGUCUUGUUAUGUUUUUCCCAGCUGAAGACUGAACAAUCUCUCCUGUCCAAUUUGAUACUGCACUGCCCUUAAUCCACUCUGCUCUGCAUCCUUUUUGUUAUGCAGACUGCAGUUUUCUUUUGCUGUGGCCUUAAUGUGUGGCACAUUUAUACAAAAAAAAAAGUGCCUUCUGCUCUCUGGGAGAAGCCUGUGCAAAAGAAAAAGGAGCUUUCUGAGUGUCCCAGAAAUUACAACUUUAAUGCGUGAAGCAUUCAAAAUUCAGUGUACUGCAAGGGUCUGCUCAGUAACUGCAAUGUUUGUUCCAUUCAGUCAAGUCAGCUGGCAACAGAAAGGCAGCAAAAUGAAUUAUAAGGUAACUGACUGCAUAACUUUUCUCAAAUUCAUUUCUACAACUGGCAAAUAUCACCAGACAUGGAUAUGACACGGUCAAGAUGCACUGUCUGUUCACUGCUGAGGCUCUUGCUCAAGACUCAGGUACCAAAACAAUGGUCAGGGCAGACUUUCACUGAAGUAAUUAAAUCUGUUGGCUCUUUUCAAA